AUCAUAUUUAUGACUUUUCACAAUGAGUCAGUUUUGUGUAAAAGUUUCGUUGUGUUUGGUUAAAUUGAGAUUAUAACAUAGUUUUUCAAUGGCAAAAUAAUAGAGCUUGUAACAAAAUGUCUUUAAAAUCAAGGAGUUAUGAGACCAUUCCAGCUAGUGAUGAAGCAUACGAUGCUGCAAAUUUUUCAAAUAAAAAGUUUAUGCCAAAUAAAGGUCCAUAUAUUGGCAAACGGCAUUGGUUAAUUCUAGUAUUAGCACUUCUCUCAGAAACCAUAUACUCAGUUAAAGUAUAUAUGACAGUAUGUAUUGUAGCUAUGACAGAUCCCAAUGCUAGCAGUAAUAAAGAUGUACCAACUUACGAUUGGAAAAACAAGGGUAUUAUCCUAUCGGCUUAUAUGUGGGGACUGGCAAUUCCUCAACUAUUCGCUGGUUGGCUGUCAUCACGUUAUAAUGUAAAACUAAUAUUAAUAUCCAUGAUGAUUACUUGCUCUAUUACUGGAUUCCUAAUACCUGUAGCAGCUGCCAAUUUUGGAUCUACUGGUGUAAUAAUUUGCCGAUUAAUUCAAGGUAUGGCACUAGGUACCAUUAAUCCUUGCCAGUUUAGUCUCUAUGGAAAAUGGGUACCGCCACAUGAACGAUGCAGAUUAAUGGGAUUAGUAUUUUCAGGUUAUUUAAUCGGGAUAAUCGUUUCAAUGUUUUUGAGCGGACUAUUGGCAGCUAGCCGUUUUGGAUGGCCCUUAGUAAUCUAUAUUUACAGUAGCAUAGGACUUUUGUGGAGUAUACUUUUUGCAUGUGUCGCUAGUAAUAGCCCUGAGGAACAUCCUACAAUUACCAAAGAAGAAAGGUAUUAUAUUCAGUGGAGUUUAUCGCAGAAUCAUAAGAGGAAGUAUUUAACACCAUGGAGGAAGAUAUUGACUUCACCUUGUGUAUGGUCUAAUAUAUGUUCAAAAGCUGGUAGCUUUUUUGGAUUUGUAUUGAUCUUAAGUGAAAUCUCGAAUUAUAUGAAAAAUGUUUUAAAGGUUGAUAUAAAAGAAAAUGGUAUAUAUAGUGCACUACCAUAUAUUUCUACUUUAGUCACUGUGUACCUGUUUGGAUUUAUUUCAGACAAAAUAACAGCACGAAAUAUAUUCAGUGUAACUACUACACGAAAAGUAUUUGUAACAAUAGGUACAAUAUUUCCAUGUUUAACACUACUUUUGAUAACUUUAUCAAAACCAGAGGAGAAAAUUAAAAUUAUAAUAGCUUUUGCGUUGACAGUAAGCUUUGAUAUGGCUGGAAAUCUAAACGGAACUGGAGUAAACGGUGUUGAUCUGUCACCCAAUCAUGCUGGCUUUAUCGAGGGUCUGUCAAAUCAAAUAUCACAAAUUCUAUCAUCGUUAUCACCACUUCUAGUUGAUUUAUUUGUAUCUAAUGAAGAAAAUAAUGCCCAGUGGAAUAUUAUAUUUUACAUUAGCGUCGUUAUUCGAAUUGUGUCCGCCAUAAUAUUUUUGAUAUUUGGAUCUGGAAAAGUUCAGCCUUGGAAUGAUGAAAUACUUGUUGACGACUAGGACAAUUUGUUUUACCAUGUUUUUGGCAAAAGUACUUUUGUGAUAAUUUUAAAAUAAAUAACACUGUUUUGUAAUGUAUUAUUUAUAGUUUAUCUGAAACUGAAACCUUAAAAUUUGAUUAGGUUAAAAUUAAUAAGCAUUCAAUAAUACCUAUAGAUAUAAAAUACAAAUAGUCUGAGCGGUGCAAUACAACUUCCCAGUAUUCAUCGAGUACGAAAGAGAAAACAGACUCAAUGCAGUCCCUGAAUCUCUUGCUAAUGGACCAGAUUUAUCGACCACGUGAUCUUCAAGCAAUCAAGCAAUUUACUUCAACCCAGCCUAUGAGAAAUGUUCACCACUAUGAAUUACGAUCGGGUGUAACAAUUCAUUGGAGCUAGGUGUGUUAACUCGUGUAUAAACAGGGGUCACCCCACGGUGCUCCAAUGCUCUAGACCAUCCCUUUCCCCCCUAUAGCACUCUGAUGCGCUAUAGAGGCACAACAAUCAGCCAAACGCUCUUCAUGUGAAGGUCCUGGUUAAUAGAACCCCAACAUGGUUUCCUAACCGAUUUGCAAAAAACUCAGGACAGCGCAUUUUCGCUGUAUUUCUGUUAUCUUAAUGUGGCUUAUCCGCGAACUAAAAUUGCUUACUUGGGCCUCAAGUCUCCGCUCUGAGUCCCGGCUCAGUAUGGCGACUUGGUGCUCAAGGGGUUGGGCCCUACGUGCCCGGGUUUUGGGAUUUUUGUUAAUUUUUUGUGGUGGCUUUCGCCGGUUUUUGUUAGUGUUUUUAAAUUUUUUUGGUGGCCGAAGCCGGUUUUUUGUUGAUUUUUCGUAGGCAAAAAUCAGAAUUGAUACAUAAUCUAUAUUAUAAUAAUAAAAAUAUAUAAAAUAUAAAACAAUACCACAAUACAGAUUUUAUCCUCGUUUAGGCAACCGGGCCCGCUUUGUGUUUGGCGAUAUCCUGGGUGUUUUGAGCUACGAACUGUCUUCCUUGUGUUUUGUUUUUUGAAUUUUUGGAAUUUUUGGAAUUUCUUCUCCCUCUGGGGUUUUUUUUUUGGUGUUACUUCAUCGUCGUAGGUGUUUUUAAUUCUCUCUCUGGGAUUUUAUUUUAGUCUACUAUUUGUUGUUUAGGUCUUUUGUGCUUCCAUCUAUGGAAAGCGUCAUACCUCAUUAUCUCUUGUAGUAACCACUUGAUCUUCCCAUUCGUCAUUUAGUAGAUGGUCAUAAACUGGUCAUAAACUUCUUAAUAAAAACAUUUACGAGCAGAAGUCGGAUAUUGACGAGAUCUAAUGGUUGAUUUUUUUACAAUUCAGUAUUGUGUUUUGUUUUACCAUAUUUUUUAGUUUUAGUUUUGAUUCCAGUUCAUGUUGAAGUUUAUUUAGGUUAAUUUUUUAAUAAAAAUUAUGUUUUUAAAAAUUUUGUAUGUAUUUUCUGGUUUUUAACCAAUUUUUAAAGUUUUUGACAAAUAUUUACCAAUGAACGUACUGUUAUAAAAAAAAGGCAUUUAAAUAGACCUUUGGCAUUAGAUAAUGUAAAAAAACAACAAAUUUGUCAUCUUGAUGGUAUUUUUACCGUAUUUUUCAAGUUCGUCCUACCGCAAAAUGGUUCGUGUCACCUGGCAACACUGCCUAGAUAGGCUGCGUGUACUUAAAGGUUAAAUAUAUUCACAAUUGUCCAUUUUCAUUUUUUAUAAAUUCUAAAACGGUAUAAAUUACUUCUUGUAUUUGUUGAUUUUAAACUUGUCAUUUUUGCCUAUUUUCCAUAUUUAUAUCACAACAUUACAACACUGCACAAAAAUAUCCGGAAAAUUAUAUGAAGCUUUUCCCACUUUUUCGAAUUUUGUCACUGCACACCCAGAACUGACGUCUCUUCACUAUCUUGGUCUCUCCUGAAUUAUUAUUGGUCUUCAUCUUGUAUAUUAAGGAUUUUUGAUAACUUAUAGUCUUUCAUUAUCUUUUUUAAACAGGGAUCUUAGAACUUUAUAAAUCUCAGCAUACCCUAAUAUCUUAAAUUAUUAGAAAUCAACAUCUAUAAAAAGGAAUAAUUAAAGUCCUCAAGAAAAAUGAAAUGUCUGUUACUGGCUAUAUACCAUAAAUUACAUUUUUAUUUGAAAAAAUCUUUUAUAAAAGGUAUAUAUUUUCUAAAAAUACCCUUUUGGGCUACAUCCAUCGAGCAAACAGACAAAAGAGGGAAUGUAAAGGUAGUGGGAGCAAAAAUAUUGUUAGACAGGAAGUGCCCUCUUGAGAGGCCACUUUAAACAAGGAAAGACAGUCUCUUUCCUUGUUUAAGAAAUCAAAUUUAGUUGGAUUAUGUUAUUGCUGAUGUUAUUGUUUAUCCCAACUGUCACAUGAAAGAUUAUUUGUAUUUUCUAUUUAAGUUUUUUUACAAUUGUUUCACAUUUUAGACUAUUAUCGUUAUUAUUUAAUUAAAACUUUAUUGUGUACUAGUGUUAAAAAAAGUAUUUUAAGUGUAUUGUAUUAAUAAUAUGUAAUAUUAAUAUUAUGUAAUAUAAAAUAAAUAAAUAGAUAAAUUAGAACCC